UUGACUGAGGCGGCCAAGCGGCUCCGAGACAGGGGAUACGGGGGGGUGGGGGGCGGUGGUUGCCUGCGGGAGGCAGCCGCGGGUCAUGUGACCGGAAGGGCUCCUGACGGACGCCGUCCCUCCUCGGCGCGGCCUGAGCGCCCGGCCCGACCCCGGCCAUGGGGUGCUGCUACAGCAGCGAGAACGAGGACUCGGACCAGGACCGAGAGGAGCGGAAGCUGCUGCUGGACCCUAGCAGCCCCCCUACCAAAGCUCUCAAUGGAGCCGAGCCUAACUACCACAGCCUGCCUUCCACUCGCACUGAUGAGCAGGCCCUGCUCUCUUCCAUCCUUGCCAAGACAGCCAGCAACAUCAUUGAUGUGUCUGCUGCAGACUCACAGGGCAUGGAGCAGCAUGAGUACAUGGACCGUGCCAGGCAGUACAGCACCCGCUUGGCUGUGCUGAGCAGCAGCCUGACCCAUUGGAAGAAGCUGCCACCGCUGCCGUCUCUUACCAGCCAGCCCCACCAAGUGCUGGCCAGUGAGCCCAUCCCGUUCUCUGAUUUGCAGCAGGUUCAGCUGUUUCAGUCCACACCUUGUUCACAGUAAGAUAUUCAAUUCAAUUCAGCAAACAUUUGUUGAGUGCUUGCUGCUCUGUGCCUGACCAGAAGAAAUGAAGCCAAGAUACAAAUAAUAGGACCCUGUCAUGAGCACAGAAAGACCUGCUGAGUUUCUAUUGAUUGUGGCAAACCAGCCUGCAUCCAGUUCCAAGUAACAGCUGCCCACUUAGUGAAUACUCUCUCAUGUUUCAACACUCAGUUCUAGUGUACCCUCUUCUAUGAAGCCUUUCUUUUCCAGAUAAAAUUGGUUAAUGUGUCCUGUGUUAGGCUGAUUGUUUUGAUGAUCCCUAUUCAUGGUCUCCCCUGUAUCCAUCCCUUCUUGCCUAUAACAUUGUAGUCCCAUCUCACUCUGAUGCUGGGCCCAGACAUGUGACUUGUUUUAGCCAAUGAGAUGUUGAUAAACAUGAAGCAAACAGAAGCUUUAAAGGAGGCCUGCCCUCUUGCUCUUUGCCAGUGCCAUGAGAACAUGGCUGAUCUGCUGGAGGGUUAUGAGAUGUGUAGGUGAGAGACAUGCGGAAGAGCCAGAGAUUCCAGCUGAAGCCAUCCUAGACUAGCCUACAGUCAGCCUACCCCCAGUCAAGAUCAGGAGAGUCACCCAACCCACAGAUGACUGCCGACACAUGAGUAAGCCCAGCCAAAGCAGAAGAGCCCUCCAGCUGACUCUAAGACUUAGAAGCAAUAAUAAAUGUUUAUUAUCUUAAGCCACUGUGUUUUGGGAUGGUUUAUUACACAGCAAUAGUUAACUUCUGCAUGCCCCCACUGUACUUUGAACAAAAUUUUAUUACAGCCUGUUUACUCAUCUGUGAAAUGGAGACAAACCCUACCUUGAGAACUAUUGUACAUCUGGCAUCAGGUGCUCAAUAAAUGGAAGCAGUU